UUCAUAUCUCAAGGCUUCUUCUUCCUUGGCGAGGAAUCAGUCAUGUAAGGAGGCUGUGUGCUCCAUCCCUCCUGGCUGUGUGUAUUUGCACGGAUGCAUGCAGAAGAGAUGCUAAUUCCACAGAAAGACAAGGCACAAUUGGAGAAAAGGGAGCUGAACAAUUCAUAUCCAUAGGAAAGACUGAAGCCCCUGUUCUCUCAGGUAACCUGGCAACACAGCAUCAGCAAUUCCAUCCAGUUCUCCUUCCCUGCACCCUGUCACCUCCAGCCGCUGCAGAAAAAGCGCAUCAAGGUGCCCAGGCUGGACCCAUCAGCCGUGACAAAUGCAUUGCAAUUAGCAUCCCUCACAAUCCCCAGGCCAUAAAUUAGACUUAAAAGUUCAUCAGUCGUCUCUGCUGCUAAUUACGCUGGGAUGUCCUUUCCUGGGCUUUCAUGCUGGAUUAUAUCUGGGAGGUUUGCACUGUUCUUAGCAGUGGCUCGCUCUCCUGUAGUGUGACAAGGGGAAUCUUAUUAAGGACAUGAGAAGAUUUAUCUAUUGCAAAGUGGUCUUGGCCACGUCUUUGGUGUGGGUGCUUGUGGAUGCCUUCUUACUCCUCUACUUCAGUGAAUGUAACAAAUGUGAUGACAGAAGGGACAGAUCUCUGCUGCCUGCACUGAGGGCUGUCAUUUCAAGAAACCAAGAAGGACCAGGAGAGCUGGGAAAGGCAGUAUUUAUCCCUAAAGAUGAUCAAGAGAAAAUGAAAGAAUUAUUCAAAAUUAAUCAGUUUAACCUUAUGGCCAGUGAUUUAAUUGCUUUAAACAGAAGUUUGCCAGAUGUCAGACUGGAAGGAUGUAAGACUAAGGUUUAUACAGAUGAACUACCAAAUACAAGUAUCGUCAUAGUGUUUCACAAUGAAGCCUGGAGCACACUACUACGGACUGUCCACAGCGUCAUCAACCGCUCUCCUCACCAUCUUUUAUCUGAAAUCAUUUUGGUUGAUGAUGCAAGUGAAAGAGAUUUCCUGAAAACACCAUUAGAAAACUAUGUUAGACAUUUGGAAGUUCCAGUAAAAAUUUUGAGGAUGGAACAGAGGUCUGGACUGAUUCGGGCUCGACUUAGAGGAGCAAAUGUUUCAAGGGGUCAAGUGAUAACAUUUCUAGACGCUCAUUGUGAAUGUACAAUUGGGUGGUUGGAGCCUCUGCUGGCAAGAAUAAAAGAGGACCGAAAAACGGUUGUUUGUCCAAUAAUCGAUGUAAUAAGCGAUGACACAUUUGAGUACAUGGCUGGUUCAGACAUGACUUACGGUGGAUUUAAUUGGAAAUUGAAUUUCCGCUGGUAUCCUGUUCCCCAGAGAGAAAUGGACAGAAGAAAAGGAGACAGAACAUUACCAGUAAGAACGCCCACAAUGGCUGGAGGUCUUUUCUCCAUUGAUAAGAAUUAUUUUGAAGAACUAGGGACGUAUGAUUCAGGAAUGGAUAUAUGGGGUGGAGAAAAUCUGGAAAUGUCAUUCAGAAUCUGGCAGUGUGGUGGAUCACUUGAAAUUGUAACAUGCUCUCAUGUUGGACAUGUGUUUCGGAAAGCCACUCCUUAUACCUUCCCUGGCGGAACGGGUCAUGUGAUCAACAAAAACAACAGAAGAUUAGCAGAAGUCUGGAUGGAUGACUUUAAGGAUUUCUUCUAUAUAAUAUCACCAGGUGUCGUCAAAGUUGAUUAUGGUGAUGUAUCUGAGAGGAAAGGUCUCCGAGAAAAACUGAAGUGUCAUCCCUUUUCUUGGUACCUAGAAAUGAUAUAUCCGGAUUCCCAAAUUCCCAGGCGUUAUUAUUCACUUGGUGAGAUAAGAAAUGUGGAAACUAACCAAUGUUUGGAUAAUAUGGGUCGCAAGGAGAAUGAAAAAGUAGGGAUAUUCAACUGUCAUGGCAUGGGUGGAAAUCAGGUUUUCUCUUACACCGCUGACAAAGAGAUACGUACAGAUGAUUUAUGUCUGGACGUUUCUAGACUGAAUGGCCCAGUCAUCAUGCUGAAGUGCCACCACAUGAGAGGUAAUCAACUGUGGGAAUAUGAUGCUGAGUAUGCAGGUAAAUGGGAAUAUAAUUUUGAGCAUUUUAUAUUGAGACAUAUAAACAGCAACCAGUGCUUGGAUGAACCUACAGAUGAAGACAAAAUGCUUCCCACCAUGAAAGAGUGUAACGGAAGCCGUUCCCAACAGUGGCUGUUGCGUAACAUGACGUUGGGGGCAUAGAGCUCAGUGACGGUUAAUAAGCUGCUCCUCUGUACUUUGCAGUCAGUGGACCUUAAUUAGCAGCUAGAAGAACACUUGAAAAGAAUAUAACACUAUCGUCACUGUUACUGGCAUAUAAUAAUUGGAAACCUCUUUCAAUCCAGCUGGGAGGACAUAAAUAGAACCUUUUUUCUAAUUUUUCUUCCGUUAACAAUACAUGACCAUACAUGCCAAACUGCAAUUGUGCCUGUUUACAAGAGAAAAUAGACGGCACACUGCAAGCUGUAUAUACGACCUAACACUGGGAGCAACUAUAUUUGUUAAAGAUAGUAUUGCAUUAAAAAUAUUGGGUAUAUUGUAAUGUAACAAAAAUAUUUUAUUAUAAAAUAUAGAAUAUGAACCACAAAAUCGUAUGUCCAAUAUUAAAGAUUGAAUAAUAUUUACACAACUGAAGUACAACAUGUAUUGUACAGUGUUUGAGGGCUUUUCAAGAAACGCUAACAUAUAAUGUGCAUUGUUGAAAAGAAUUAUACAUAGGGCAGUUCAGUGAAAUCUGGAGUCUAGUUUUGUCCCCAAAACACUUUCGUCUACUUGAUGUAAUGUUUGCUUGCUUUUCUGGACCAACAAGAAUGUUUUCAAUUAAACCAGGCUAAAUAGUCUAUUCUUUUCUGGAUUUCA